AUGGAGAGCCUUUUCUUCUUCCUCGCCGCCGUUGUUUUAUUCUGGGGUCCGGCGCCAGCGAUCGCUGCCACUGCCUUCACAUUCCACAACAAGUGCCGGUAUACGGUCUGGCCCGCCACAUUGUCAGGUAACACCGCAACUCGCCUUGGAGGCGGCGGCUUCGAGCUCCGCCCCAAUGCCACCGCUUCCUUCUCCGCCCCGCCGAGCUGGUCUGGCCGCUUUUGGGCUCGCACCGGCUGCUCCUUCGACCCCACUGGAACUGCCCCAGGCCACUGCGACACAGGAGACUGCGGCGGCGCUCUCCUCUGCUCCGUCGGUGGUGCGCCGCCUGCCACCCUGGCGGAGUUCACCCUCGCCGGACCGUCUACUGGCGACAAGGACUUCUACGACGUGAGCCUCGUCGACGGCUACAACGUUGGCAUCGGGGUGCGACCCGCAUCCGGAGGACAAAGGGGUGACGACAGGUGCCAGUACACGGGAUGCGUGGCAGACGUGAACAAGCGGUGCCCGACGGAGCUGCGGGUGGCGGGGGCGGCGGGCCACACGGUGGCGUGCCGGAGCGCGUGCGAGGCCUUCGGGGCUUCGGAGUACUGCUGCACAGGAGCCCACGGAUCACCAGCGUCAUGCGGGCCGAGCCGCUACUCUCAGGUCUUCAAAUCAGCAUGCCCGGCGGCGUACAGCUACGCAUACGACGACGCCACAAGCACCUUCACCUGCGCCUCCGGCACGCAGGGCUACCGCAUCACCUUCUGCCCCACCGCUGGCGACAGGAUUUAGACGCUUCGGAUCCUCUGCCUCAUGCUGAUUAAUUUAGUAGGCACUUAUAAGCUUGAAGUUUAAUUAUGGUUCUUAAUCUGUCCUUAACGUAGUAUGAUUAAGUCAAGUUGGUGGCUGUAACGGUCAAAUUGCAGGGCAAAUUGGUAAUUUAAAACAGA